AUGUUGAAUCAAACCUCUGUCACAGAAUUUAUCCUUUUGGGAGUGAGAGACAUACAAGAACCACAGCCUUUUCUCUUUGGUAUUUUCUUCACCAUCUACUUUGUCAAUAUAACUGGGAAUGGAGCCAUCCUGAUGAUCGUCAUCUUAGACCCAAAACUCCGCUCACCUAUGUAUUUCUUCCUGGGAAACCUAGCAUGUCUAGAUAUCUCCUACUCCACUGUAACAGUGCCAAAAAUGCUGCAGAACCUUCUCUCUACAAACAAAGCAAUUUCCCUCUUGGGAUGCAUAACUCAGCUUCAUUUCUUCCACUUCCUGGGUACCACAGAAUCCCUGCUGCUAGCAGUGAUGGCAUUUGACCGCUUUGUGGCUAUCUGCAGACCACUUCACUAUUCUGUCAUCAUGAAUUGGCAGGUCUGUAUCCUUAUGGCUGUGACCAUCUGGACCAUUGCUUUUCUCCAUGCCUUGCUUCAUUCUGUAAUGACAUCUCGUUUGAGCUUCUGUGGUCUCAAUCAUAUUCAUCAUUUCUUCUGUGAUGUUAAGCCAUUACUGGAGCUGGCCUGUGGAAACACUGAGCUCAACCUUUGGCUGCUUAAUACCGUUACAGGUACCAUUGCCUCAGUCCCCUUUUUUCUGACAUUUCUCUCCUAUUUCUACAUCAUCACCUAUCUUUUUCUCAAGACCCAUUCUUGCAGCAUGCUCCACAAAGCAUUGUCUACUUGUGCCUCUCACUUCAUGGUAGUUGUUCUGUUCUAUGCGCCUGUUCUCUUCACCUACAUCCGUCCCACCUCAGGCAGCUCUUUAGAUCAGGACAGAAUCAUUGCCAUCAUGUACAGUGUGGUCACCCCUGCUCUCAAUCCACUAAUCUACACCUUGAGAAACAAGGAAGUGAGGAGUGCAUUGAGUAGGAAGGUGAGAAAAUGUCUCUUACUUGAAGAAAUCUAA